AAUCCCUUGGGUGCCUUUCUUAGUCCUUCUGAAAACGAGCAAAAACGAGGACACCACCCUCCCUGUCCAAACCUGAGCUUGGGACUCGUUCUGCUUUUCCUCCUCCUCGCGUGGACGCUCUCAGAGUGGGUUUCCCUCAGCCCGGGUUUGUGUCACCCCCUCAGGGAGCCGGUGGAUGAGGUGCUGCAGAUCCCCCCGUCACUGCUGACAUGCGGGGGGUGCCAGCAGAACAUCGGGGACCGCUAUUUCCUCAAGGCCAUCGACCAGUACUGGCACGAGGACUGCCUCAGCUGCGACCUGUGCGGCUGCCGCCUCGGCGAGGUGGGCCGGCGCCUCUACUACAAGCUGGGCAGGAAGCUCUGCAGGAGGGACUACCUCAGGCUCUUUGGCCAGGACGGGCUGUGCGCCUCCUGCGAGAAGCGGAUCCGCGCCUACGAGAUGACCAUGCGGGUGAAGGACAAGGUCUAUCACCUCGAGUGCUUCAAGUGUGCCGCCUGCCAGAAGCACUUCUGCGUGGGGGACAGGUACCUGCUCAUCAACUCGGAUAUCGUCUGCGAGCAGGACAUCUACGAGUGGACUAAGAUCAACGGCAUGAUCUAGCACGGACGCGCCUGGCGCUCUGGGACAGACACCUCCCGGGCCCGGCUGCAGCCAGGAGAUCAUCCCUUGGGCUGUGGGCUUUGGAACGGGGGGGGAACGCCAUGGUCAGCCCUCGGCAGGCAGCACUGCCUAGAAUGUAAACUACACCCAGGUGAAGGAGGGAGAGCAAAGCAAUAGUAGCUAGACUGACUCGUGUUCGCAGCACGGACAGUAACUGACAUCAGCUGGCAGCUGGGGACAGACACAGCACCACAACCCAUCCUCCCAACUGGAGCAGAGUAGGGACUUCUGUAAAGACAUGUUAUGACGUUGUCACCUGCAGACUAGGAUUGUGCAAUUCAGUUUUCUUUCUGUCUUGUUUUCAUUGCUGAGUUUAGAUGACAAGCUCCCACAGUAGGCGUGAUGAGGAAUACUGGAAGGAAAGAGCCAUCCCUCACGUGGUCAUUCCAAUAUGGCCUUACACUUUGGGUGGGAGUUAUUUUUGCAUGGAUUUUUUCUUUUUCCUUUGAGAAUGAACAGUGCAUCCUCUAGUCCCAGACUCUUCUUUUAAAAAACCCUGCUGGAUAGUUGCUUUCGGGCACUGCUGUCUCAAGAUGAGAUGUUCCCCGGAUCAUUUCUAUACAAAUAUAAAUCUAAAGAGUUGUUCAACUAUUUUAUUAACUUAGAUUAUAUCAAUAAAAUAUUUGUUGUGUGUAGUAAGACUCUGCAGCUUUAAUAAAAAUAAUGAAAGAUUU